UUUCCCUCUCUCUCGUUCUCUUCCUCAUAUGUGAGCAGUGAAUCCUCCUACAAGCGUCCUAUGUCUGAAGAGGAGAAGCCCUGUUCCUCCUCAAAAUUGGGUCCUUCAGCGCUGGUCAUGGAGUUGAACCCUCCUCCACCGUACCCAGGCCCCACCGACCCCACACAAGGAGGUGCUUACCCUCCAGUAACAGUUGUACAGGACAAUGUGUAUCCAGCUCCCCCAAAAUACAGCGCCGCAGUGGUUCAGCCCGAGCUAAUGGUGGUCCAGCCACCAGCUAUCCAGACCCAACCAACUGUGAUGAUGGUAAACCCUGUGGUUGUUCAACCAGGUCUGACAGAUAUUCCUACUCCAAUGAAGUGCUCUUACUGCCAACAACAAAUUGUCACCACGACCCAACACGUCAACGGACUCCUGGUCUGGGGAUCUUUUGGAGUCCUGUUAAUCUUCGGGAUUUGGCCGUGCUGUCUGAUUCCCUUCUGCGUGGAUUCGUGUAAAGACGUCCAACACUCGUGCCCCAGCUGCAAGAACGUUCUGCACAUUUACAGACGCAUGUGAGAACCCGGAGAACCCGAAGAACCUGAGCCCUCACUGUGCUUAAAAACCAACCCCCCCCCCCAAAAAAAAAUGUCAUAUUGAAAAGUUUUGCUUUAUUCUGUUCUCCACUUUCCUCACACGCUUCACUUUCACACGAGGGGCAUCUCCUGAGAACAUCGUGUCUCGGAGAUGAGAAAGAUCUUCGUGACUUCACUAUUGUAAGGUUCUAGCUUGUUUUUUUGGGGGGGGGGUUGAAAAUUCAGAGUUAACCACGUAACCACAGAAAGAGUUUAUUUUCAUUUUAAUUUUAAAGUUCCGUCACCAAACGCGCGGAUAAGCUUGGUCUUAUCAUCAGAACGCAACAUGAACAGCCUUAGACGAUCCAUAUCCAUGUUCUAUUGGCCAAAAGAUUGGAAAUGGAGGAAGUAUGCGGUGUCAGCAUUCCAGCGAUGGUAAUUCCAGAUCUUUCCGGCGAGUCACAGGAAGCUCGUUUUCCCGUUCCUUUCUAAACCAGACGAAUCUUGUGAUAUUUUAACCACCGAUUCAAGCGAUCUCAUUCCACCUUCUAAUAAACACAAUACCAUAAAAAAUCACCACAUGGCCAACACGUUCUGACAGAACCGAACCAAUCUGAAGCCUCGGUGUAACUUUUCAGCAUUUAACAAGUCUAGAAAACAUAUUUUGCAAUAGUUUUACAAUGUAUAGAUGAUGAUAAUAAUAAAAACGUGUUCAAAUGUUUCCUUUCUAAUUUCUCCGAAAUUCAACGCUGCAGAUUUGAAGUCAUGAGUCAUUAAUGUGAGCUGGAAAUGAAAUGAAAUCUCGGUACUGUGGAGUUUUUCUGUCUGGAGAUAGAACCUUAUGAUGCUAAGUGAACGGCGUGUUUAUCUGUAAUGUGUGUGUCUGUAAUAUAUCGUAGUGUAGUGUUUGUUGAAAUGUUUAUUAGAACGACUGUGAACUGGGUUUUUUGGGGGGUUUUUUUUGGACUAGAUCACUUUGUAAUGAGUGAUUUGUUUACUCUCGUUAACUUCCUGUACAUAUAUUAAGAAGUAUAUGUUUAUAUAUAUAUACAUACAUACAUAUAAAUAUGUCAUUUUCUUUCUUUUUUUUUUAAAUGUGUAUUUUACUAUGCACAUGUGUAUGUGUAGGUGUAUGUACAUGAUAUAAUAUUCAGAGUUGUAUUUUUCCUCAUAUUUGUCAAAUCAUUUUUUUCUGCUUCAUUCAUGGUCUCUGAUGUUAACUAUUACACCAGAACUGUACUUUACUCUGAUAUUAUUGAAACGGAAAACUUGUACUCUUAGUCUUAAAAGUGAAUUUGAAUUUUUACCUUUCAAAGCACCUGUUUAAAAAUCACCUGAGGUUGUUUUUCUCCUUCUUUCGCUCAGCUGCUACGCCGUUCAGUUGUGCAGUUUGUUUGUUUUUUUUUUUUUUUUGUCAUUUGUUUCAACCAAAUUCACGUCAGUGUCACAUGAAACACUGCAGAACUGAGGCUGAUCAGUCUUUGAGUAAAGGUCAGCACCACUCUUUAAUCUGCUCAGCACACACCGCCCAGGACCUGUUUCUUAUUUCAUUCCAAAUGCUGUAUUUAAAAAAAAUGUUUUUAAAAGCUGGACAAGACUGUCUGCUGGAUCAGAAUUUUCCUUUUGCCUUCACUUACUUAAUUAUGUCCUGUGUUAUGUUCUUCUUCUUUUUUUUGAUCAGUUAUAAAUAUUUAUUUUUGCUCUUGAA